AUGCCACCUGCUUCUACAAACAUUUGUGAAAGAAUGGGUCGCUUUCAGGAGCUCAGUGAAUUCAAGCAUGGUACCAUGAUAGGUUGCCACCUGUGCAAUAAGUCCAUCCGUGAAAUGCCCUUGCUACUAAAUAUUCCACAGUCAACUGUUAGUGGUAUUAUAACAAAGUGGAAGCAACUGGGAACAACAGCAACUUAGCCACAUAGUGCGGGGUCAGUGCAUGCUGAAGCACACAGUGCUCAGAAUUUGCCAACUUUCUGUAGAGUCAAUAGCUAAAGACCUCCAAACUUCAUGUUGCCUUCAGGUUAGUACAACAAAAGUGCGAAGAAAGCUUCAUGGAAUGGGUUUCCAUGGC